GUUGUGUGUGUGCUGGGAAUCUAUUAGAAAGUGGGCUGGGCAACCUUAGAGAAGCACUAGCCUAUAGCUGAAAUAAUAGGCUGCAGGAAUAUUCUUCUACGUGUUAGAGGCGACUGAAAGAUUGUGGAUUUAAGACACGAUGACAGCAGAACAGCAGAGGCAACGGUCUCUGUCCACCGCUGGUGAAUCUCUUUACCUCACGUUAGGAGUUGAAAAAGUAGCCACACCUGAUGACAUCAAGAGGUCUUACAGAAAACUUGCAUUGAAGUUUCACCCCGAUAAGAAUCCCGACAAUCCGGAGGCUGUAGACAAAUUCAAGGAGAUUAACAACGCUCAUGCAAUUCUCAACGACCCGACGAAGCGUAAUAUAUAUGACAAAUAUGGCUCUCUGGGACUGUAUGUGGCUGAACAGUUUGGGGAGGAGAAUGUGAACACAUACUUUGUCCUGUCAAGCUGGUGGGCAAAGGCGUUGUUUGUGUGCUGUGGCGUGGCCACCGGCUGCUACUUCUGCUGCUGUCUGUGCUGCUGCUGCAACUGCUGCUGUGGGAAGUGCAAGCCCCGGCCCCCCGAGAGCCAGGAGCAGGAGUUCUACGUCUCCCCAGAGGACCUGGAGGCCCAGUUGCAGUCCGACGAGAGAGAGGCUGGUGGUGACCCUAUCGUGCUGCAGCCGUCAGCGACAGAGACGACUCAGCUGACGUCGGACGGUCACUACACUUCAACCUACCACACUGACACCGGCUUUAACUAACCUGUCUUCCUCUUGGCCCACGGUCCUGCCUGCUUCCCUGUUCCACAUUAACAAGAUAAAAGAGAGAGGGCCAAUCUGUUUCAACUUUGGAGAGUGGUGCUCUGCACCAGGAAAGGGACACGCCAGCAUGGUCCACCAAAGGAACUAAUGAAGUCGUAUCAUUCACACCAUCCCUGAUUGCUCUACUAGCAAUCCCCAACCCCCCCCCCACACACCCCAAACUCGAUAGAAAGAAACGAUUGCUUCCUUUUAUGUUCGUUCUUUUGUAUUUCUGCGCCUUUUACCUAGCCUCCCCCCGUCUCUGUCCUACAUUUUUGAAUAUGGUGUGAAUGCAUGCACUGUUUAACAACCACUGUUUCCAUUUCCUGUUUUUCAUUUGUGAUUUUUUUUUUUUUAAAGAAAAGAAACACAAGGCAAUUUUAGUGCAAUAUGAGUGUCAUUCAAGUAAGGUGAGGUUGAUGUUUUAAUGCAAGACGAAUAGAGGGAGGAUUGGCUCAGGGAGGUGUAAAGCUUAUUGUCGUUGGUGGUUUGUGCCAUCGGUCACCAUCCAAGAAUAGAAUCUACUUUUAUUCACGGAUUGUUCAAUUUAAACUCAUAAUGUUAUUUAUUCAUUGUCGUCCUUAACUCAUGCCAUUGUCGGACCUGUUACCUGAGGCACUGUGUUUGUUGUCUUCACUGUGCUCCCUUAACUUUGUUUUUAUUGUGAGACAUAAAGAUGUUAAGCUAGAUAAUUAGACUUAAGUCGACCAGUGUCAGUCCCCCCUUACAAAUUCCUGUGUAAACCAUUGGGAAGUACUGUUUUCACAGCAGGAUUUGCCAUCUAAUUUUGUCAACCAUUAUAUUGGUACAGUUUAAAUUUGGGAGUGUGUUUUUAAGGUUAAAAUAACAGUUGGCACAAUUUCAGUUAUACUGUCAUAUCAGUGAUUUGCUCAUCAUUCUUAAGACACGUAAGAUCUCGCUAGCCCAGUGGUAAACAGAUGCUUCCUCUCCCAUGUUUCUGUUAAAUGAUAUCAAUCAUCAAUGCAGCACAACAAGGCGUGUUUCUUUGGAUGAGUUGGCAUCUAUUUGGUGUUGCUUUACUUUGCCCAACUGUAUGUUGAUGUGUGAAAUAUGAUGCCGUAACAGCACUAUAUGGAGCGGUUAUAAUAAGAUCUGAAGAUUAAGAAGAAUAUUAAUAUUAUUGUCUACACAGGUUUACUGUACAGGUCAUUUUGAUUUGAUUCAAGCUGUAUUUACUGCAUUUUGUCAGUUCCAAAUUUCACCUUUUGUCUGGGAGUAAGGUAAAGACUGUAGAUGGGAAAAAAUAAUAUAACCUUACAAUCAUGUUUUUGUAAGGAUUUGUUGUCCGUGGUUGAGAAUUACCGUCAUCCUAGUCUUAUUUUUGUAUUUUAAAGAUGAAUUAACUUUGACUUGAUUACAAUGCUGUGAUGGUUUAUCAUUCCUGAUUUAUAACAGUACUUGUAAACACAUAUGCUCACAGUACAUGUUAUGUGUGAGCUAGCAUUACAGGCAGCUCUGAAUAGAAUGACAAGAUAUCAUUGAAUAUGCAUAUAUAUCAUCAUCACAAAUUUCCAUAGAUGCCAAACUGUUGUCUCUUUCAUACCUGUUAAUAAUGUGUUCUACUAGUUUACGAUGGGUAAACUCCUAUUGCCUACCCUCUGCUAUUAAAAGUAUGGGUGUUGACCUCUGUGGCCCGUUUAUGAGGUUUCCUGUUAACUCUGAUAUAACAUUGAUGUACCUGUCAUGGCUUUUCAUUGAGAUAGUGGAAAUGCUACUGUAUCUGUUCUAAAUUGAAUGCAAUGUGUGUUCAGAUAGCAACAAAAAAACUAUGAUCAGUAAAAAUGGUUCCAUAAAACAAAAUAUAUAGUGUAAAGAUAGUGAAAUGGUUAUAUGAUGCAUUUUUUGAGUAUUGUUUAUUUCAUUAUUUGUCACAUUAUGGAUGAAAAUUGGCCAUGAUUUCAAGUGAUAUGGUGUUGUAAUGUGGCCAUUCAAUUUUGCAAGGCAUUGUUUAAUGGUUCAGGUUGCUUGUACAUACACUUUGCUCAUAUGAAGUGUAUAUUUCUUGACGUUUAUGUUGUAGCAUGGUAACUGUGUGUCUGAAAGAAAACAUAUGGAUCAUUGAUCUGAUUUGCUGUUGUUGAGUAAAUGUUCCUGAACAU